CCAGCCCCCGGAAGUUCCAACAUGGCGGUGUGCAUAGCGGUGAUCGCGAAAGAGAAUUACCCCAUGUAUAUCCGAAGUGUUCCCACUCAGAAUGAGCUGAAGUUUCACUACACAGUCCACACCUCCCUGGACGUGGUGGAAGAGAAGAUCUCAGCAGUUGGCAAAGCCAUGGCAGACCAGAGAGAGCUGUAUCUGGGGCUGCUUUAUCCUACUGAAGACUACAAAGUAUAUGGUUAUGUGACCAACUCCAAGGUGAAGUUUGUUAUUGUUGUGGACUCUUCGAAUACAUCUUUACGGGACAAUGAGAUCAGAAGUAUGUUCAGGAAAUUGCACAACUCAUUUACUGAUGUGAUGUGCAACCCAUUCUACAAUCCUGGAGACCCCAUUCAGUCCAAGGCCUUCGACGGCAUAGUAUCUGGAAUGAUGGUGCAAACCAGCUGACAUCUCCCAUCUCUUCACCCUGAACCUAAACUGUAUAUAACCCCUAAUCCUCUUUAAUUGUUGUUGUCUGCUUGAACUAAGUGCAAAAUCAAAUAAACUAAGUCC